GUGCUUUGGUGGCCAGGUCUCCUGGGACAAGUCCCUGUGCAUUGGUGCCACCUACGACGCGAGCGACCGCUCCAUCACCCACCACAUUGUUGACCGGCCCCGGGUGGGGCAGGAGGUUGUCCACAGGUACUACCUGCAGCCUCAGUGGGUCUUCGACUCCGUCAAUGCCAAGCUCUGUCUCCCCGUGGCCGACUAUUUCCCUGGUGUGCUGCUGCCCCCGCACCUCUCGCCCUUCGUGGCGGAGCAGGAAGGAGACUACAUCCCUCCCGAGAAGCUGAAGCUGCUGGCCCUGCAGAGGGGCGAGAACCCAGAGAGUGAGGAGGAGGAUGAAGAAGAAGAGGAAGAGGAGGACGACAAUGACAAAGAAGAGGAGGAGGAGGAGGAAGAUGAGUCUGAAAAGGAAGAGGAGAUGAAAUUAAAGAAGAUGGAAGAGCAGAAGACUCAGAGCAGCAAGGCGCUUCCCGUGAAGGUGACGGCUGGCAAGCUGCGGCUAAAACAGCGCCUGGAGCAGGAGCAGCAAAGUGAGGAGAAGCGUCUGGCCAUCAUGAUGAUGAAGAAAAGGGAGAAAUACCUUUACAAGAAGAUCAUGUUUGGCAAGAAGCGCAAAGUCCGAGAGGCGAACAAACUGGCUGCGAAGAGGAAAGCCCACGACACGGCCGUCAAAGAGGAGAAAAAGAAAAGCAAGAAGGCACGACAAGCGCUUCCCUCCACCGGUGCCGCUGCCUGGCCUGGCCUGGCCUGCGGGAUCAGUGUCAUCUUCGUGCUGGUGCCACCUCUGCUUCCUGACCUUGCAGGGGCGGUGAGCGAGGAAGAGGAGGCCAAGGAGCGCUCUGGGCUCUUGCAGCCAUGGCGGGGUGGUGCAGUUGCGCUGCGCGUGGUGCUCUGCCCGGUGGUGGACACGGCAGAGGAGGGGAAGCACAAAGUUCUGCCCCUGGGGACGAGUAGCCCCAGGCACCAGGACCUGCUGGGGGCCACCAGGCUGGAGAGCAGCUCUGUAGGAAAGGACCUGGAGGUCCUGUUGGGCACCAACUUGACC